CAACGUGAAAAACAGCUGCUUUGGUCGAUAAAAUUUGGCUGAUUGGAGGGAAAAUAAUUUUGCUUUUUGUUAAAUGUUAAGAAAACGUGUAAUGGAAGCUUUUAUUUGUCGGUUAUUGUCGCCGCCAUAGGAAAUUGAAACGUUUAUAAGUUCUAAUAUAAAUAAAUUAAAUAUCAUUUGUCAGUGUUCAUCUUUGAUUCAUUAAUUAGGUAUUUUAUUGUAUAAAUAUUUGUUUUUUAUUGUAAUUGAAAGUAUAAUUAUAGCGUAUCGCAUUUUAACAAUUAACAACUUGUUUUCAUUGUUGUAUUUCAAUUUUUAAGGGUAAGCAUAGUCUUUUAUUAUUAUAUAUGGUUUCACAGUAUCAUUAUGGUGAGUAUGGUUAUGUAUUCACUAUAAUUUUGAUAGAUUACUAAUUUAUGUGUAUAUUGUAAUUAUGAUUAAAUUUAGUCUUGUACUAUAAAAAGUAAUGUUAUUUAUUCGAUAAGAAGAGGUUUUAAAUAAUAAAUUAUUUAAUAAUGUACAAGUUAGGUAUUAAAUUAUUAAAAUUAAAUAUAAAUAGAUAACCUGUUAGGGAACUAUUAGUAUAAGAAAGUAUAUGUUAUAACAUAACUAGGUACUUCAUUAUAUUAAUAUUUUUUAUUUUUGAAGAUUAUAGAAUUUAUAAAUGAAUCAUCAAAUAAACCAAAUUUAAAUUUAGAUAAUAAAAAAAAAUAAAAAAACAGUUUUUAUUAAUUAUUUUAUAUUUGAAAAUUUAUUUAAAAUUUUACGUCUUAUUGUGCUAGACUAAUAUCACUACUGUAUCUCUAACUUUGAUUCUUACUCUAAUUUUGAUAAAUAUUGAAAUAUUAAUCAACAUUAGUUUGAAUAUAGUUACCAGUUUUAUAUAGUUAUAUAAAAUAGGAUACUAUUUUUAAUCUGUAAAAUGAUUAUUUUAAAAUAAAUAGAAAUUGUAAAAUAUGACAAUUGUUUAAAUCAAGUAGCAAAAACUAUGCAAUUGUAUAUAGAGCAAAUAACAAUAUAGAGUUAUCACCUUUUUUGUACCUAUUUAAAAAUAUAUUUCCCAAACUUUAUUAUUGCACUGUUUGUACACUAAUAUUUGUACUGUUAUUUUUAUUUUCUUCUAUGAAUGGUUUUUUGUCAAAACUGAUCAUAUUAAAUUUUUAUUUAAUAAUAGGUAGUACUCUCAGGUACUCUCAGCUUUAUUUUUUUUUUUCAUUAUUUUAUAAUGUGGUCGUAUCUAUUUUUGUACUUAAUAGAAUGCAAUUUAAUUGGUGUAAAAUUGUUAAAAACGUUGAGCCUAUUAUUACUUAUAAUAAAACAAAAUACAAAUAUUGAGACCUAAACCUACUUUGGUGAUUAAGGUUAAAUUAUUAUUGUAUUAUUUUUUUUUUUAAUUUCAAGAUACUAAAAUAAUUAAUUAAUAUGUAUAUAAUUAUGGUUUUUAUUUUUUUGUUUUAUGUAUAGAUACCAAUAACAUGGCUAAAGUACAACUGUCAAAUGUAGUCGUUUUAGACAAUCCAUCUCCAUUUUUAAACCCUUUUCAAUUUGAGUUGACCUUUGAAUGUAUUGAAGAUUUGAAUGAAGGUAUUUUCAUAAAAGUAAUAAAUUUACCUAUUUAUUUAUUGUUUAUUAUUUAUUAUUUUUUCUAGAUUUAGAAUGGAAAAUGAUAUAUGUUGGUUCUGCUGAAAGUGAAGAACAUGAUCAAAUUCUAGAUACUAUUUAUGUUGGUCCUGUUCCCGAAGGAAGACAUAUGUUUGUUUUUGAAGUAUACAUUUUAUAAUAUUAAUAUUUAUUUACUAACAUAAGAAACAUCAUAAUGUUUUAACUACCUAAAUAUUUUAAUAGGCUAAUCCUCCUGAUGUUUCUAAAAUUCCUGUACAAGAUGCUGUUGGUGUAACUGUUGUUCUAUUAACUUGUUGCUACCGUAAUCAGGAAUUUGUUAGAGUUGGAUAUUUUAUAAACAAUGAAUAUACUGAUACAGAGCUCCAAGAAAAUCCUCCAGCAACACCUCAGUUUGAUAAGGUAUUUUAUUAUAUAAAUAUGGUUUGUAAUUUGAAGUACAUUAUAUUUUAAGCCAAGUAGGAAACUGGUUAUUAUUAUAAACACCCUAGAUAUGUGCAAAAUGCUCUUGAUGCAUGUGCUAAGUACGAAAAUUACUUUUUUUUUUAUUAUUAAAGGUAAUACAAAUAUGAUUGCAUAUCAUAAAAUAAUUAUUGAUAUUUAUGUAUAUUAAUAAAUUUUCAAUUUAUCUGGGCGCUUAUAGUUUGCACACAUUUACUAAAAUUACAACUUGUUAGCACAUUUAUUUACAGAUUCUAGUGCAACUUCUUGUUGCACACAAACACAAUUCACUUACACUUUUCUUCCCAUUUAUUUAGUCUUAGGACUAUCUGUGAAUAUUUUAACUGUACUGGAUUAAUUAAAAAUAUGCUUUUGAUGCGUUAUAUUUUAUAUGUUAACUACUAAUAUUAGGCUUGUCAUUCAUCUCGGUUUGACUGGGACAGUCCCAGUUUUAAGAGACAUGGUCUGGUCAUUCAGUUUGUCCCAAUUAAUAGAAGCUGACACUAAACUUAUAAAUAACAUUUUGACAGAUAAUACUGGUAGGAUGAAUGAAAAUACAGUGCAGGGCCUGAUGGUCUGUUAAAUGAAUUUUGGUUUAAUUUUUAACAAAUUUUUUGAACAAUUAAGAAUGAUACUACUAUUCAAGAAAAUUCAUUCAAGUGGAAGGUAUAAUAAUCAGUAGACAAUAAAUAAUCUUUUAUUUGACCUAAAAGCUUGGUGUCAACACCGAUUUUUGUUGUUUAAUAAUAAUAAUAAUAAUAAGUGUGGUUUUCGUUAAAGAUUAUCAGACCAUUUUGUUUACUGUUCAGUAUUUGGUUAAUGGAUAACUAUUAAUCAAAGACAGUAAAAUUAGUUUUUAGGGUUUUCUGAUUCUGGAAAUCUGAUUAUCAAAAAGUACAUUAAGUAAUUAAAGAUACACUGCCCCUCCUCUCUCCCUGUCAAAUCUACUUACAAGUUUUUUGUCAACAACUGAAGAACUUCCGUUGAAAAUAGGUGUUCAUUAAGUGUUAACUUAAGUUUGUAUUCAGUUUUACUUGUAAUAAGCAAGCUUAUGAAGGAAAUACAAGUUUAAGCAUCCUAGUGUACAAUAUUCAGAGAAAGUAUGGUUUUAGAUGAAAAUAAAGUAUUGGCACGUAAACUUAAAGAAAUUCACUUCGUUGUUUUAUUUUACAUUACAAAUUAGUAUAUUUACUUGGUAUACAAACUAAUAAUUUCAUUAAUUACCAUCUUAUUUCUUAUUCACUUGAUGGUUGAUAAUAUACCUUUUAUUCAAUUUUAGCAAUCAGCAUUUAAUAAUAUUUUAUACUUUUUUUUAAACAAACAAUUUAAUUAAUUUAGUUUUUAUUUGUUUAAGAUGACAAGAAAUAUAUUGGGUACUGAACCUAGAGUAACUAGAUUUAAGAUAAAUUGGGAUGAUUCUGAGCAACCAGGCACUAGCAAUGGAAUGCGAGCUAACGGUAAUGAGAACGAAGAUUUAAACCUGCAAGAAAUGGAGGAAGAAAUGUCAUCUAUGUUAUCUUCCCAUGCAGACAAUAGUCUCAGCCAAAGUCCAAUGGAAGUAUUGUAAACUGACUGAUUCAAUACUCAGUAUAUUUUUUCUAAGUUAUAAAUUUUAUAUGAAAUAAAGAAUAAUUUACCCUAUUUAUAAUGUAAUAUUAAAACAACAAAUGUUUUAGUUUCAAAUAAUAAAAAGAAUUUUUUAUUUAAUAUAUAUACAUAUUUUUUUUGUUUUUGUAAAUUUUUACUUUUUCCCUUUAUUUUAUAAAUUAAAUAAUUAUGAAAAACAUAAAUAAUAUUGUAAUAGAAAAUAAAAUUGGAAUAUUUUUACAUUGCACAUCAAAAUCAGUUUCAUUUAUUACAACUCUUCUUUGACAUAAGCAGGUUUUAAUUCUUCAAUUCUUUUGAUAAAAUCUGUUUUUUCUAAGCAACCAUCACAAAUUUCUUCCCAAUUGUCUAAUAUUUUCUUCAAAUCUUUUACUUUCAUUUUCUUUAGGUUAACUGUUUUCCAGUCUAUUUCUUUUUCUAAAAUGGGUAUAAUAUAAGUAAAU